GCCUUGGGACCACGGAGCCAACAUGAGGGUGUUUGUGACGUUUCUCCUGUCGGUGCUGGGCGCCAGUCUGGUCGAAGGGCGAAUUGUGUCCAAAUGUGAGCUGCAGACGGCGUUGGUCAACCUGCAGGACGCCAACGACCCGCGGGGGCUCACUCCGGACCUGAUGGCCAAAAUCGUGUGUCACGUGGAGCUGGCGUCGGCCUUCAACACCAGCGCCGUGACGAGGCUGGACCGCCAGCGGGACCGCAGGAGCUCGGGCGCCCACGGGUCCGGGAACUCUUCGGAGGAGAAGUCCCCGAGGCCCGACGGGAGGCCCGUGGAGGUGCACUCGCUCUACGGCCUCUUUCAGCUCAGCAACCAGCUGGUCUGCAGCGACGGCGCAUCGCCGUCCCCCAACAUCUGCGCCAUGAGCUGCGACGAGCUGAUCGACGACAACAUAAGCGACGACCUGCUGUGCGUGUCGAAGGUCCGCGAGACCCUCAUGAAAAAUGGUUUUCGGGCGCGAUUCUUUGAAGAGCUGAAGAAAUGGUUCAUAAACAUCUACCGGGAGUGUGGAAAUAAGACGCCUGCCUACCUGGACAACUGCGUCCUGCCCUGAUUGGACUCACAGCGUGGGACAAACGGCCAACACCAUCCGCCCUUUGUUGUAGAGAAUUCACUUCUGAGAGAAUUAUAUUAAAAAUCAUUGAAAGGCU